AUAUGUUGUUGCCCUGAAGAAAGCAGGUCAGAUCCUGUUUGUUCUUCAUUUCAUGUUUAGACAAUUUAUGUUAACAAAAGGUUGUUGCCGUGGAGAAAAGCAGGUCAGUUUAUAUUCGUUCUUCACUUGAUCUUUAGAAAAAUUAAUUUAAAAAUACAGAAACAGUUUUAUACAUUUUUAUUUUAAGUCACAAAAAAUUGCAAUAAAGUUCAAAUGAUUAGUAGUAAUAAAUAUCAGUAAAUAUAAAUAUAAUCUUUUUUUUUUUUUUUAUUCUUUCAUAAACAUAUAUUUUCCGGCGAAGUUUUUAAAUAUUUUGAAAUAAUUUAACCCAAAAAAUGACAUUCUUUUUAUUGUAAGUUUGAGAUUCUUGAAAGCGUUCAUUCAGUGUUUGUUUUAACGGAGCCUACAACAUGACUAAAGGGAUGACAUGCUGUUUUAAACCCGAAUAAAAAAUGUAAUUUUUUGACAUCCACAGCAAUGUUUUUUUUCUUCAGCUUGGAUCAUUUCAUCGUGUUUAAAACCCGUGAUACACACACGACGCCUUGAACCAGUGGCAGUAACUGUAAGACUAAGACUAACAUGACGCCUUGAACAAGUGGCAGUAACUGUAAGACUAAGACUAACAUGACGCCUUGAACAAGUGGCUGUAACUGUAAGACUAAGACUACCAUGACGCCUUGAACAUUUGGCAGCAACUGUAAGACUAAGACUACCAUGUAUGACUCGGGAUACGAUGCGGAGGCUGAUCUCAUCGCGAACAAGGGCCUUCACAUCAUCUUCAUCAUCGCCAUACUGCUGGCCAACGGGUUGCUCAUAUUCAAUAAUGUCCGUAAAGGUGAUGUCAUGUACAAGCCAAAAACUCUGACAAUUUUAUCACUGUCCAUCGGAGAUGUUCUUAUGGCUCUGUUUCCCAUGGUUGUGGCAACGAGAAUGUUUUUCGGAGAUUUCGCACAGAGAACAAUGCCAUGUAGCUUGAUUACAACGUACACCGUUUACAUGCCAUAUCUGAUUACUUUUGUGUAUGGUCUCGGAUUAAUGGUUUUAGGAUUAGAAAUUGUUCAACAUCACAAAAUUUCAUCCUUAAGUAAAAACUCCAAACUCAUCUGUUCAUUGAUUGCCAGCAGUAUUCCGUGGAUUCUUGGACUUAUUAUCAUCUUACCUCUUGGUUUGGCUAACAUUGAUAUGGACACGUGCGAGAAUAGUCAGACUAUUGAUCAGUUCAAAGCCUUGAUUGUCUUAGGCAUUCUCCUGCCAGCUUGUGGUGCCGUCAUUACUUCAAUCAUUGCCAAGUGCAUAGACCAGAUCCUUUACCUUUACCAACAAUUAGUGAGUAGCCAUCCACAAGUCAUGGUUGACUUAAAUACUCACACUAUGGCUUAUGCCAAUGCGCCACACAAUGAGCAACAGGGUCCUACACCAACAACUCCAGGCAAUCCACAUCCACGGCCGUCAACACUCCAAGCUCAAACGUAUGCUGCACAUAUGCAAUUUCCAAACAGUCAACGUCACGUCAAGCAUAUGUACAAUCUGCCAUCAACACAGCCCUACGCCCUACCAGCUCAACCACACUAUAUUCGUAGUGGUAACCAAAACAGUAAUUCUUUCAUUGUCCCUACUCCAUUGGUAACCAUGGAAACUGCAGUCGAAGUCCCGAUCGACACAACACAGAGACGUAACAGGCUUCUCGUCAUCUCAAUCAUCUAUUUCAUAUUAGUUACGCCUUUAGCUAUUUUCCACCUCGGCUACUUGAACCCAGACGUCACACCGAUGGGAGUAGUGGCUUCUGUGACUAUUGGAAACAUAGUAUACUGGCUCAAUGUUAUCAGAUCUGUCAUCACACCACUUAUAAUGCACGGCUAUUCUGAUAACUAAAACUUCAUUGGUAAUGCAGAGUGACGUAAAGAGCAUGGGAAGAUUUCUCAGAUCUUAUGUAGACUUUCAAAUUCUCAAUGUACAAUUUGAAAAUACAAAACCGCAGUUUCAGAGCAUACUUAGAACAUUAGCAGACACAGAACUUUAGCAGACACAUAACUUUACCAGACACAGAACGUUAGCAGACACAGAAUUUUACCAGACACAGAAUUGUACCAGACACAGAAUUUUACCAGACACAGAACGUUACCAUACAUAGAACAUUAGCAGACAUAGAACGUUAGCAGACACAGAACGUUAGCAGACACAGAACGUUAGCAGACACAGAACGUUAGCAGACUCAGAACGUUAGCAGACACAGAACGUUAGCAGACAUAGAACAUUAGCAGACACAGAACAUUAGCAGACACAGAACAUUAGCAGACACAGAACAUUAGCAGACAUAGAUCGUUAGCAGAAAUAGAACGUUAG